UCCCUCUCUCUUGACUACGGAGCUUUCUUGUGCGGAGCGGUGAGGCGGCGCCUUGGACUGUGUGACAGCCGGGCGGGUGAAGCGGCAGGCGGGCGGCAGAACAACCGAAGCCAUCCGGAAGCGUAGCAGCCUCUUCACCGGACUUUCGACCCUCACAUGGCUUCUUUGACUAGUGCGGAGCGACGGGCUUUCGCUUUGAAAAUCAACAGACAUUCGUCUGCAGAGAUCAGGCGAAACUUCAGCGGCAACUACGGCUAUUAUCACAGACGGACAAACUCCAAUGCGUCAGCCACAACUUACCUUACAGUGCCACAGUCAUAUGAAGCAGUGGAGCCUGUAGACCUGGAGGAGUUUUUGAUGUCACAGCUUCGAAGCGGCGACUCUGUGCUGAUGUUGGAACUUGGUGACUUCCCUGACGACGACCUGAAGGUGGAGCAGGUGGAGAAGGAGCGCCGCACCGUCCGGCUUGCUGUCCCUCACGACGGAGUGGAGUUGGAUCCCCACGUGAGAGAUUGCGUCAAGAGUUACACCCAGCCGUGGCUUGUGGUGUCUAGAAGGUGCCAAGGGGAUGGCUGGAGCGCGUAUUCGGAGCGAGCCGGCCUGCACAAGCUCCUUCAAAAACAGACGUUUGAGUCCGACGUCCAGUCAGUCAAAGAGGAGAAAAUGGUCAAGUCCCCGACUCUAGUGGUGCUGAAUGAUGACUCUGGCCGCACGCUGACCUCCUCUGACUUUAACCUGCGCUGUUUGACUCCGGACCAGAGGGUGGAGGGCCUGCUGGCCUUCAGCAGUCACGAGGAGCUGGACCGCUUCAACCAGGAUGCUCGGCAGGGAAACCGACACCCCAAGCUUUUUGCACUGUAUCCACCCGCUGAUGAGGAAGACGCAGUAGAGAUCCGGCCCAUCCCCGACUGCCCAAAAGAACACACUGGAGACCGCAUCCUGAUCCGAACCCAGGCCAUCAAGUUCGAAAUUGACAUUGAGCCUAUAUUUGCUACCAUGGCCUUGUAUGACUUGAAAGAGAAGAAAAAGAUAUCAGAGAACUUCUACUGUGACCUAAACUCAGAGCAGUUUAAAAACCUCCUGAGAUCACACACUCCUCAUGUGGAUCCCUCCUCGCUGGCCAGGUCGGCCAUCUUUUCCAUCACUUAUCCUUCCCCAGACAUUUAUCUUGUCAUCAAGAUUGAAAAAGUCCUCCAGCAAGGCGAAAUCAGUGACUGUGCGGAGCCAUACGUGACGAUGAAGGAUUGUGACUCUUCAAAGAACAAGGACAAGCUGGAGAAACUGCGAGGCCAGGCGGAGGCCUUCUGCCAGAGGCUAGGCCGCUACCGCAUGCCCUUCGCCUGGGCAACUGUAAACAUCAUGGAGGUCAUCUCCACAGCCGCCAUUGACCGCGAUGUCACCGACUCUGAAAGCAUAAAAGGGAAAUCCAGCAGCAUGGACCGUAAAGCCCAGUUGCCACGGAGGAACUCGGAACGCUUCAACAUCGUCGACGAGCAGCUAUGUAACAUUUCUGCCUUCAAACCGGCCACCAUUACCAUCAGCACCAUCUUUAAACAGGAAGGAGAUCGUUUGAGUGAUGAGGACUUGCUCAAAUUCCUGUCUGAGAUUAAGAAAACGUCCACUCCACAGAGACGAAUCAAGACUAUAUCAGGUUCCAUAAAGCUGGACAUGUCUCCGCUCCAUGACUUACCUCAGGCCUGUUUGUCCACUGAGCUCAUCCCACUCAUACCUGUAGCUGAGAAGAACAUCCGCCACGUCAAAGAAGUGCUGGAGUUCCCCUCCAGUGAGGUUUAUGUCCCCCAUACCAUUUACAGGAACCUUCUGUAUAUUUACCCUCAGAGGCUGAACUUUGUCAACAGGCUCACGUCGGCAAGGAACAUCACCAUAAAAAUGCAGUUCAUGAGCGGGGAAGACCCCAACAGCGCUCUUCCUAUCAUUUUUGGCAAAUCUAGUGGACCGGAAUUUGUUCCAGAAGUUUACACCUCUGUUACCUAUCAUAACAAAUCCCCAGAUUUCUAUGAGGAGGUGAAGCUGGCUCUUCCCGCCUGCUUGACAGAGCGACACCACCUGCUCUUCACCUUUUACCACAUUAGUUGCCAGCAGAAACAGAACCAGAGCAACAGCUGUGAAACACUCAUCGGCUACUCCUGGCUGCCCGUAUGGAUUAAUGACAGACUGAACACGGGUCAGUUCUGUCUGCCCAUAGUGUUGGAUCGACUACCUCCUAAUUACUCACUGCACACUGCUGAGAAACUUCCUUCUCAAACGCCGCCGGUCAAGUGGAUGGAAAAUCACAAAGGACUGUUCAAUCUGGAGGUUCAGGCUGUGUCCUCUGUGCACACACAGGACAACCAUCUGGAGCGCUUCUUCACCCUGUGUCACGCUCUUGAGGGCAGCGCGACGUUCCCGCUACGUGUCCGAGAGGAGAAAAUCCCAGAGAACAAGCUGGAGCAUGAACUGAAGCUCAGCAUCAUUUCUCUGUCGUCAUCCAGCUUGGAGCCGCUGGUCCUCUUUCUCCACCUGGUGAUGGAUAAUCUUUUCACCCUCAUCAUGCAGCCUAUGGUCAUUGCUGGCCAGACCGCGAACCUGGCCCAGAUAGCCUUUGAGUCAGUGGUGUCCAUUGUCAACAGUCUCCAUAACAGCCAGGAGCUGAGCAGGGAUCAGCAAGGGCGAAACAGCCUCUUGGCGACCUACCUUUACUGGGUGUUCUGUUUGCCUGAGCCCCCUCGAGACAUCCCAAAUGGUACCAGUGGCGUGACGCCCGCUACUGAGAGCCGUUACAGCACCAUGGGCCGAGCCUCGGCGACCACGGUGGGCAACGUGCUUCUGCAGUCCAGGAUCCGGAGCAGCAGCAACCCUGACAUCCCUGCGCCUCACCCGUCUGCUGAGGACGCUGAGGUCAAGCACAUCCUGGCUGCCAAGGGCCACAACAUCCCAGGCAGCCGCAUGUCAACCGUAUUGGACACAAACAGCCAUCAGAACUCCACAGGAAGCACGAGACCCUCCAACAGAAAGCAAUUUCAUGAAGAGCUUGCCCUCCAGAUGGUGGUCAGCACUGGGGUCUGCAGGGAAAAUGCAUACAAAUAUGCCUGGUUUUUCUUUGAGCUGCUGGUGAAAAGCAUGGCGCAGCACGUGUCCGAGUUAGACAGGAACAUUGUCCCGCGUAGAAGCCGUUUCUCGGACCGAUUUAAAGACGACAUCACCACCAUUGUCUCCGUGGUCACGGCUGAGAUCUGCACCAUCCUUGUCAAGCAACAGAAGGAGGUGGAGCAAGCAGAGAAAGUCAACAUCAGUCUGGCCUUCUUCCUUUACGACCUGCUGUCACUUAUGGACCGGGGCUUUGUCUUCCAGCUGGUGAAAAACUACUGCAACCAGAUGUCAGCGAAAAGCGUUUCAAUGCCAACACUGAUCAGCAUGCGACUGGAGUUCCUGCGAAUCCUGUGCAGUCAUGAGCACUACCUCAACCUCAGCCUCUUCUUCAGCAGCCCCGCCUCUGCUCCAGCCUCUCCGUGCCCAUCCAUUUCCUCGCAGAGCUCAGGUUCAUGUAGUUAUCAAGAACAGCAAAGGAUCUUGGGCCUCUUUGAACUUUCUCAGGACUUCAAGCACCAGCAUUACCUCGCUGGCCUGCUACUGACCGAGCUCAGCGCCGCUCUCGACAUGGAGUCCGAAGGGGGAAAGGUCCAGAGGAAGGCCAUCAACGCCAUCUUCAGCCUGCUGUGUUCUCAUGAUCUUGACCAACGCUGCAUCAAGCCUGAGGUUAGAGCAAAGGUAGCCACCCUCUAUCUCCCGCUGGUUGGGAUCAUCAUUGACUCUACCAACUACCUGGAUUUCACCGUGUCAGACGCACGCGGUGCCAAGAACAAAAGCGGCGGACCCGAGGACGACCUUGACAGCGUACCACCCAUCAAUCAAUCUGUUGCCAUGGCGAUUGCCGGCAACCCCUUCAACACUCUGGGGAGGAAUGUUCUUGUUUCCAUGGCAUCCACGCAAGGGAAGUCGGUAGCAACCCUGGCGGCAGACACGAGCCGCCACCUGCUGGUGUGCUUCCUGUGGGUGAUGAAGAACGCCGACAGGAGUCUGAUUCAACGCUGGACUGUGGACAUGCCUCCCUCACAGCUCAACAAGCUUAUGGAGCUCCUCACUAUUUGCCUGUCCUGCUUUGAGUAUAUGGGACACCAAAGCAGCGACAAAGUGAGCACACAGGCCUUGCAGAAAUCUCAGCAGGCUAAACUUCAGUUGGAACAAGCCCUGCUGGGAGGGAUGGGAGCCCGUGGGGAAAUGAUGAAGCGGGUCGGAGGGAUAGACCGGACUAUGGGUCAAAGAGAGAACCUGCGCUGGAGGAAAGAUCUCACACAGUGGAGACAGACCAACGACAGACAUGAUAAGACGAAGGCAGAGUUGGACCAGGAGGCUCUGAUCAGUGGAAACUUGGCCACAGAGGCAAACCUCAUAGUUCUGGACCUGUUGGAGACCAUUGUGCAGGCGGUGCCGUUGGCUGAUUGUAAGGACAGUGUGGUUGGCGGGGUUUUGAAGGUCUUACUCCAUUCGCUCACAUGCAACCAGAGCUCCACGUUCCUCUCACACACCUUCAGCACACUGAGGUCGCUUGUUGUCAAGUUUGGCGAGCUUCUCUUCGAAGAGGAGGCCGAGCAGUGCGCAGACCUGUGCCAGAAAGUGCUUCACUACUGCAGCAGCCCAGUGGAUGAGAACAGAAGUCAGGCGUGCGCCACCCUCUACCUCAUCAUGAGAUACAGCUACAGCAAUGCCAGCAACUUCUCCAGAGUGAAGAUGCAGGUCACCAUGUCCCUAGCCUCUCUGGUGGGCAAGUCCUCAGACUUCCAGGAGGAACACUUGAGAUGUUCCCUUCGCACCAUCCUUGCUUACGCAGAGGAGGAUGCUGAGAUGCAGAACACACAGUUGCCCCAGCAGGUGGACGAGCUUCUGAGGAACCUUAACAGCAUUCUUUCAGACACGGUGAAGAUGAGAGAGUUCCAGGAGGAUCCAGAGAUGCUCAUGGACCUCAUGUACAGGAUAGCAAAAGGCUACCAGACGUCCCCAGACCUCCGCCUGACCUGGCUGCAGAACAUGGCCGAGAAGCACAACAACAGGAAGUGUUACACUGAGUCGGCCAUGUGUCUAGUGCAUGCCGCUGCCCUGGUGGCGGAAUACCUCAGCAUGCUGGAGGAUCACAAGUACCUGCCCGUAGGCAGUGUCACCUUCCAGAGCAUCUCACCCAACGUGCUGGAGGAGUCAGCCGUGUCAGACGACAUCCUGUCCCCAGACGAAGACGGCGUGUGUUCAGGGCGCUACUUCACUGAGAGCGGCCUCGUCGGUUUGCUGGAGCAGGCCUCUGAACUCUUCAGUAAUGGCUGUCUGUAUGAGGCAGUUAACGAGGUCUACAAGAUAAUCAUACCCAUCUUGGAGGCUCAUAGGGACUUCAGAAAGCUGGCAUCCACCCACGACAAACUGCAGAGAGCCUUUGACAACAUAAUUCACAAGGGCCACAAGAGAAUGUUCGGGACCUAUUUCCGCGUUGGUUUUUACGGCGCCAAGUUUGGAGACUUGGAUGAGCGUGAAUUUAUUUACAAGGAGCCCGGAAUCACGCACCUGCCUGAGAUCUCACAGCGGUUGGAGAAUUUUUAUGCUCAGUGUUUCGGGGAGGACAUUUUGGUCAUGAUCAAGGAUUCUACGCCCGUUGACAGAAAACAACUUAACCCAAACAAGGCAUACAUCCAAAUAACGUACGUGGAGCCGUACUUCGACGACUACGAGAUGAAAGACCGACUGACAAAUUUCGAUAAGAACUUCAACCUGCGGCGCUUCAUGUACACCACGCCCUUCACUAAGAGCGGGCGUCCUCGGGGGGAGCUGAAUGAGCAGUACAAGAGGAAAACCAUCCUCACCACCAUGCACGCCUUCCCAUAUGUCAAGACUCGCAUCAACAUCAUCCAGAAGGAGGAGUUUGACUUGACUCCUAUCGAGGUGGCCAUAGAGGACAUGCAGAAGAAGACCAGGGAACUAGCGGUCGCCACGCACAGAGAGCAACCUGAUGCUGUGAUGUUGCAGAUGUUGCUGCAGGGUUCAGUGGGAGCCACUGUUAACCAGGGCCCAUUGGAAGUCGCCCAGGUCUUCCUCAAUGAGAUCCCAGCGGACCCCAAGCUCUUCCGUCACCACAAUAAACUGCGCCUGUGUUUCAAAGAGUUUAUCAUGAGGUGCGGCGAGGCGGUCGAGAAGAAUAAGCACUUGAUUACGUUGGACCAGAAGGAGUACCAGCAGGAGUUGAAGAAGAACUACAACCGCCUGCGAGAGAACCUCAGGCCAAUGCUGGAGAGAAAGAUUCCUGAGCUCUACAAGCCCAUCAUCAGACCUCGGCUGGAGAAUAGGGAUUCCUUCAAACGUCUGAGUUUCCGCAGAGGUCAGGAGGAAGUCUCAUGAGGACGCCAUCGCAAGCAAGAACUGGAGUGAAUGAAUUGCCUCAAUACACCAUGAUGGAAGAUUCACAGUUCUCAUAUUAAUAAUAAUACAUUGUGUUUGCUGUUUGUCCAUUCUAGGGAAACAAAUGACUUUAAUUGACUCACUGAGCACUUCACUGUAAGAUUUUGUACCUUUUUUUUUUGCCUAACAAUGCUGUGACACAGCCAUGAGUUCCUUCCCCUGGUCCUUGGCUGGUUCAGGGCCCGUUUUUGUGCCAAUAAUGUUGUCAUCCUUUGUGUCUUUCUCUUAUGUGUUAAAGGGCUUACUAAAAUUUGAAUCGGAGUAUAAAACCUGCAAUUUGGUCGGGUAAAAACAGUAAUUGUGUUCUAUGUUUUGAAUUUAAAGCUACUAUUCUUUUUUUUAAUUAUUAUUAAGUACUAUUAACUUAUUUUGAGUUACCUGAUAAUUUUGCAUGCUGUGCACAAAGGAUUGGUAUUCAAAUAUAAAAUAGUGUACAAAUAUAUGCUUUUUAUUUUGUGGAAAAUCUAUUUUUAGAUAACAAAAACAUUGAUUUGAUUUAUUUUUAAUCAUGCUAUUGCCAGCGUUUGUUCGCAUGUGUAUUUACUUCCAGGUAUUCAUGACGAAAUGGCAAUAAUUUCUGAUUCAAUUUAGUUAGCAUACUUUAUUUUUCAAUGUGAAUCAUGUUUACUCCAUUUGUCCCAGCACAUUCCAGGAAAGUACAUUUCUAAAUGGUCAUGUUAUAUAUUUGUAUUCAACUUUAGAGCUCAUUGGUAAAUGAUUGCUGUAUUGUCCUACUGUUGUUUAUCGCAAAAAAUGCUUACACAGGUCAGUGUAUUAAAUGAAAUUGUAUUUUUUUGUACAAAUACGCACAGGGUUUUCCAGGCAUACUGCUAAACGUCAGCAUUGGAAUAUUGUACUGGUGGUGUCAACCACUACGAAAAUGGCAUGACCACUUUAUGGACUUAAUAUAAGGUACACCCUGCCCAAUUGAAUGUUUAGAGCUACACUGAUAUGGUUUAUCAUUAUAAUAUUACAGCUAUUUCAUCAUAAAAAGUAAUGGUGGUGUACCUAAAGAUGUGUAUAAUGAGUGUAAAGUUGCUUUAUCCCUGUUUUCUUCUAUGGUUUUGCAGCUGUGCUCCAAUAUGUUUUCACUUUCAACAUACUGUACAUCCAUCCAUCCAUUUCCUACCGCUUGUCCCUUUUUUUGUGGUCGCGGCGGGUACUGCACAAUAAUGGCAAAAAACCCUGAAUAAACUGUAGUGUUUA